AUGGAUUGCUUCAGGUGUUCAACAUGCAACAUGACGUUUAAGACCAUGACCCAAUUGGACAAGCAUGAAGAAAAGUUCUGUGUCAAAGGGAUUCUCAGAAAGAGCAGAGAGAGUGACACCCCGCAGGACAUGAUCAAGAAAGUGAAAUACUUUGAGAAGAGCCAUGAAGAGAGGAGGGAGGAGCACGAGAAACAUGAGAGAAAACAGCCGCUGGACCUGCAGAACCCAAAGAUGCACUCAGUGAACCAGAUUCUUGUGCCAGACUGCACUAGGAAAAUCAAGAGUGAACCGACCUGCAAUAAGCAGAAAGCUCUGUGGAUCCAGGAACAAGAUGCACCAAUCAGAGACCUAGCCAAGUAUUAUGGAAUGCAUGUGGCUGACUCUGCAAAUGAAAACAGAAAACAACAGAGAGAGAUUGAUCUUGGGUUGCAGAAACUGAUUGUCCAGACAAAGGCUGUCUCUAAAGUGGAGAAAGUGCUGCUACAGAUGAAGGCCCAGGAGCAGAGGAAUGCUCUGCUUGUGGAGUCUCUCAUAGAACAGCUUCAGCAGGUGCAAAUGGACAGCUCCAGAGGCCACUGCAGACACAGUAACUCAUGCCUGCCCUCCACAAAUAAAAAAGAGAAAGAAACACAUCAUUCACAGAUCUACAUCCCAGUCUAUGGAGGUGGGCCCUUGAGAUCAGAAAUCAGUGCUCUGAGAUUGUUCUAUCUGCAGAAUGGAGGGAACAACCAGCUCAUCUUAGCCCAGCUGAAAGACAUGUUGGACAAUGCCUUACAUAUGGAGAUGCAUCAUGGGAAACUAUAUCAGCCUCCCCUGCCUCAAAGGGACAAGACCAGACAGAUGGAAAAACAGCGCCUGCAGGAGGAGCUCAAGAGGAGGAGGCGGGAUCUCAAGCUCCUCAGAACUGCAUAUACCUAUCCACCCAUCCAACAGAUGAUGAAGACCAUGAAGACAGAGAUUGGUCUGUUACGUCAGGAAAUGAAGAUUAAUCGUUUAAAGCAGAUAAAGACUUUGCAAUCAACCGCCCUAUUGGUACUAACUAGUCUCUACAUUGAGGAAAGAAGAACAAAAACACCAACUCUCUCAAAACAUUUCCUGAAUUUGUCAGAUGGUUUGGGACCUGCCCCAUAUGACCCAAUAGUUGGCUUUGUGGUGUUUUAUGAUUUCCUCCUGGGCCUGAGCCCGAUGUACAGAGCGUGCCGUCUGGUGGUGGGGCUGUACAGUGGGGACCAGGAGAUGGCCAGCCCCUCCUCUCUGCCUCUAGCCUAUUGUGAACCAGCCAGCCUUUCAGCCCAUGUCUUGGAGAAUAAGAAAGGAAACCUGGCCAUGCUCGCAACCAAGCAGGCUGUACCCAGAGUCUACCCCUCCCCUGUGGUUUCCAUUGUACUUGAGCUACAGGCUUCAGGAGGAUACAACCCUUAUGGACAGGAAGUGACACACUUGGUGUCCAGGGGCUGGGUGAAGGUGGAUGUCUUUGAUAGCUACAACCAUGUCAACAGCGGGAGGUGGAAGGCCCCCAUCCGCAUACUUCCAGUCAAGCCGUCUGUGACUACACGUGAGAUGAAUGCUAUUCCACAGUUGGACAAUGCCGAGCUGUACCUGAGAAUUGUGAAUGCCAAAGAUGCCGAUGUGCAGAGUUCCACACACAUUGAUCACAGCAAUGCAUUCCUGUAUAAAUAUCCUCCUCUGUUCAACCACCUAGCCUACACCGAAAGUGUGGACCCUCCUCCCCCCUCUGGACUGAGGUUAGACCGUCCAUCCCUCUCUGGGUUGUUUGCGGAUCACUAG